CGAGUGUAUUGAGUGUGUAGUGUGUGACCGUGGGAAACAGACACACUGCGGCCGCACAGAUCUGAGAAAACCCGUCUUUGAAGCGGAAGGUCUCUAGUGAAUCCACACCGAGACGCAUCAUGCAGUCUCGGGAUAGUUGUCGUCAUGUCUCGCUGAAAGGUUCGUCAGGAGCGGUGAGCUAGUGGAAAGUAAACACCUCUUCUCCAUCACUGAGUGGUUCUAUAAGUUUGCCACAGUAUUUUAGAACUCGCACUGAACGCAUCGGCGCGCAUCCGUGUGCCUGCGGGGACGCGCAUGGAUCGAGAGCGCGGACUGGAUCCUCUCAGAAAUUAACCCAAGAGAGCUCGGCUGAAUUUAAACUUUUUUUUUAACAACAACAACAAAAUAUAUUAUUAUUGUCCUCGUUGUGUGGUUCCUAUCAAAUUAAAAUUGGCAUAAAAUAAAUCGUCGCAGUCAGUUUGUGAUGAGGCGGACUGCAGCGCGCGCGGGAGGACUCUCCACUGGAAGAAUUAUUGCGCAGUUUUUAAAAUAACGGAAAAUCGGGAGCUCGCUCGCGGCGUAGAGAGUAUGUCUGCGAAAGAUAACGCCUGCCGACAAUUCCAGGCUAAUAUUUUCAACAAGAGUAAAUGCCAGAACUGCUUCAAAGCUCGAGACGCGCACCUGCUGAGUGAUGAAGACUUCACACAGGCCAAACUCAUCUACGGUGGAUGGCUGCUCCUGGCACCUGAAGGAACAAACUUUGACAAUCCUCUGCACAGAUCACGGAAGUGGCAGAGGCGUUUUUUCCUUCUGUAUGAGCAUGGACUCCUGCGUUACGCACUGGAUGACAUGGCCAGCACUCUUCCACAGGACACCAUAAACCUGAAUCAGUGUGUGGAUGUUGUGGACGGUGAGAGCCGGACGGGUCAGAAACACUCGCUGUGCAUCUGCACACCAGAGAAAGACUAUUACAUACGUGCUGAGAGCAAAGAGAUCAUAAAUGGGUGGCAGGAGGCGCUGAUGGUUUUCCCACGAACCAACAAACAAAACCAGAAGAAGAAACGGAAGGUGGAAACAACAACUCCACAGGCCGCUGAUCUUCUAACAGAUCGAUGCUCCCUGCAGAACAUCAAUGGUUUUAUUGAGCCUGGUCCUGCGAAGGUGACGGUCACCAGUACCAGCAGCAGUAUGGUGUGUCUCCCCAGCGCUAUAGCUCACGCAGAGCGAGUGAUGCCCACCCGAGCCACCCUGUGGCAGGAGGAAACAUGGAGUCGAACCUCUUUACCAACAAGCUACAGCACCGGCAGCCUGAGUCAGCUGGACUCAGGAAACUCGAGUGUUGGUCGCAAGCCACGGGUGGAGAGCGGAUAUUUUUCGCUGGAAAAACCCAAACCUGAAGAAGACAAAGAACGACAGCAUCAUCGCCAGCAGGAGCAAGAUCCGCCGCCCCCUCUGCUUUCUACUUCCUCCACCACAUCCUCCUCUUCCUCUCGCUCCAGGUAUCUCUCCUUUGAUCCAGAGCGCUUCAGCUCACACAAACGCACGUCACACCACCCACACAGCACUGCUAACACACAGACUUCCAGCAUUACAUGUAACGCCCGCGCUCACAAACACAACACACAAAGACUUAGCAUAUCAGAGGAGCAUCGCCCCCAGUCACUGGACUCCAGGCCCCCGUCGGAUGCAAAUCCCUGUCCCCUUCCCAGCCCGGACCUGCUCUUCACUCCAAACCCACAUGCAAACAUCCUCCCAUCGUCCAUGUCUUCCUCUCAGAGCUCUUUAGACUCUGAGCAGAGUCCGGAGAGCUGUGUGGGCGGAGCCUCGGGCAGGGCGGGGCGAGGUGGGCGGGGUUACGCCGUCCUGGCGGAUGUGCCCCGAGCACGGAGACUCAAUCGUCGGGAAGCAUCCCGAUCCAGUAAGGAGCAGCAGGAGCUGCGAGCGCGCACGAGGAGCCCGGGUCGGGAGGAAGUGGAGCGGUUGUUCGGACAUGAUCGAAGACGUUCACAGGUCAUCGAGAGAUUUGAGUGUCAUGACACUGUCAGCACUCCAGAACAAAUGGAAACAGACUCCGCCCCUUCUCAUUCUAAAACAGCCAAUCAGAGAGCAGGACGCAAUGAUAGACGCCUCUCCAAUCAGAAACAGGAAGUUUCAUUGGAUUCAGCUAAAGGACGGACAGAUGAUGUUUCUUCACUAGCUGGGUACCGAAGGGCCAAAAGUCUGGAACCCAGAGCCACAGAGACACUCAUGACUCCAGACCUGCUGAACUUUAAGAAAGGAUGGAUGACCAAACUGUACGAAGAUGGACUGUGGAAGAAACACUGGUUUGUUCUGACCGAUCAGAGCCUGAGGUUCUACCGCGACUCCAUCGCUGAGGAAGCAUCUGAUCUGGACGGAGAGAUCGAUCUUUCCUCGUGCUACGAUGUGACCGAGUUCCCAGUUCAGAGGAACUAUGGCUUCCAAGUACUCAGUAAGGAAGGGGCAUUCACACUGUCUGCUAUGACUUCUGGGAUACGUCGAAACUGGAUUCAGGCCAUUCUGAAGAACAUGCGGCCCACCGUCCCUCCUGAUGUCACACGGAAAAACGUGUCUCUGAAACUUUCAGUUCUUAUGCCCAGUUCCCUUCCAAAAGAGCAAACCAGCUCGAAUCUGGAGCAAAGCUACAUCCAGCCUCCUUUUAACUCCUCACAACUCUCUAACAGCUCUGAGGAUAUCACGUACUCUGCACCUCCUUCCGAUCAUCGUAAGAGCCGAGUCAACAAGCGGGAGGGACGGUCUAAAACCUUCGACUGGUCCGAGUUCCGCCCAGGACAGGAAAACGAGAGCGGUCCACCCUCAAUAAAGAGGGCAGAUACUUCUGUCAUUAUCUCAUCUUCUCCCUCCUCCGCCUCCUCUCCCAUUUCUAGCACCUCGUCUCAUCAGACGCCAUCCUCGAUUACUAUCACCAGCCAAACUGACGAGUUGCCACUGCGAGAUGAAGAAGUCGUGCAGGAAUAUAUGCACCACAAUGAGAUGGCACCUACAGAAGGUGGAGUCAAUGCAAUGAUGGUAGCAGAGCCCCCAUCAAAGCUUCCUCAUAAGGUGCCACAGGAACAGGUGAGAAUGGAUGUAGGCAAUGCCAGAGACGCACAAGAUGCCGACAGUCAAAGCGCAGCCCGCAGAAACUCUGACGUCCAAGUGGAAAUUGAGCAGAGGUGGCAUCAGGUAGAAACAACGCCCCUCAGAGAGGAAAAGCAGGUACCGAUCCCUACCAGCUCAAAUGUACCUGUUGGAGAAAGAGUCCUUCCACAAGAGCUGGGUACUGCACUGGAAAAAGAGUUAGGUCAGGCACAAAGGGAUCUGGCAAGACUUCAGCAGCAGAACAGCAUCUUACAGGAGCAACUUCAGGAUGCGCGUGGGAGAGAGCAGAGCGCCAGGGAAGGAUACGUACUGCAGAGUGACACAACCACUGCAAAGACUUCGUCUGAUGCAGCGUCUGCUUCGGUUCACCGAGCACCAUGGCAGCGACUCAGUAAGCUGAACCAGAAUCUAAAGUCUGAGCUGGAGUCCCAUCAACGGAAGCAGAAUAAGUCCAGACAUCAAGUUAGCAGCUUGCGGCGCAGCUACAGCGAAGCGAAAGAUAUAAUAGGAUACCAUGAGGCAGAAAUCGAAGCCUUAGAGGAAAAGCUAACGGCUGCCAUGGCAGAGAUUGUAGCGAGCGAGGAGGCUGUGGCACGAAUGCGUAGCGAGUUAAAAAUUGAGCGGGUUCGCUGUCAAGAACGUGAGGAAGAAUGGGUCAGAAAUGAGACGACGUUGCGGUCACAGCUGCGAGAGAGCGAGGACCGUCUUCAGCAAGUCGAGGCUAGUUUGCUAGAGAAGAACCAGAAACUGAGACAGCUCGAGCAGCAGCAAGCUUUGCAGAGGGACCAGCACAAAGAGAUGCAGAGACUACAGGAGAGACUCGCUGAGACCACUGGACGACUGAUUUCCAUGGAGGAAGCUCAAACUAUGAGAGAGGAGCGGGAAAGGAAAGAGCAGCGAAGCCUUGAGGAGAAACAUGAGCGGGAGCGUCAGGGAUUGACCCGGAGAUUAGUGGAAUCCGAAGAGAGGAGCCGUGAAAUAGAAGAGCAAUUGCAAGAGGCGCAAGAACAAGUGGAGGCACUGCUGAGAGGGAGCGGUGGGAUGGAAACUGUGGGACUCCGAGAGGAAAUUCAUCGUCAUCAGCAGGAGUUGGAGGCGCAGACGGAUAUUGUGGAAAUGCUGCGGGAGAGUGUGAAGAGGCUUGAGGAGGAACGUGACCAGCUUACGUGCCGCUGUCAGGAACUCCUCAAUCAGAUCACAGAGACUGACCGAGAAGUAGGAAAGCAACAAGCAUGUUUAACGACGGUGGAAACUGACUAUCACUCUCUGGAGAGCUCGUAUGAGCGUGUCUCUGAGGAAUUUGCUAGGAUAAGUCAUGUGCUACGAGAGAAGGAAGAGGAGGUGAAGCAGACAAAGGAAAUGUACGAGCAGAUAAUCAGACAGAAGGAGCAGGACUUGAGCGAGGCCCUCAUCAAGAUGGCUGCCUUAGGCAGUAGUCUAGAAGAAACAGAACUUUGCUUGCAUCAGAAAGAGGAACUUCUUUCUAAAAUGGAGCAGGACUAUCCAGGACUGGUAGAGUCCCGUAAAGCGGAACGGGAGCUUCAGGCAAAACUAGUGGUUGCAGAGGAUCGGAUUGCAGAGCUGGAGCAACACCUCAACGCCCUGCAGCUCGGUUAUGCAGACCUCAGGAUGCGACGUUGUCGCUCGCAGGAAGACCUGCUUGAUGGUUUGAAAGAGAUACAAAAUGAUAUUUCCUCAUCCUCAAGUACCUCCCAACUUCUGCUUGCAAGAAGCAGCUCCGAGAUGGAAAUGUCCUUUGUAAAACACCAGAGGAUUCGGUUUUCCACCAUUCAGUGCCAAUCCUAUUACCGGUCCCAGGGAGCAGACAAGUUUCAGACAGAAAAUACAUCUUUGGUUCCCUCGCAAGAUCUGAGCCUGACCCAAGAUAGCAGUGUAGUCAGAGACAGUUCAUUCCAGCAGUCCAGAGAUCCAGAAAAGUUCAUCUCCAUUAUACAUGCUCUGGAAACCAAGCUAUGUGCCACAGAGGAGAAGCUCAGGAACCUCACAGAAAAGAUACGGGAUCAGCCCGAUCUUUCAUCGAUGCAGGAACACCUGAGCACCAGAGCUACCUUGGAGGACUGCACGACUAAAACCUGUGAAGAAUUGCUAAUGGAUGAACCAAGUCAGAAAUUCCUUAACAAGACUUUUGGUGAGCAGGACAGUGAUGAAUAUAAGAAGGCAUUGGCAUUGGUCGAGUCUUGCACAGAAAGAGUCCAAGAAAUACUCCGCAAUCAGAAAGAGACCAUUUCUGAUGAAUCUCUCAUUUGUACCCUUGCAGAAGUAGAGAAAUGGCUGGUUUGUGCCACCAUGUACCUGAGGAAGGACAGCUCAUUCUAUGAAGCAUGUCAGAUCUUUGCACCAGAUGUGCAAUCAGUGAAGGAAACUAUAAAGCAGUUUGCCAAAACGUUAACCUUUGAGGCUGAGGUUCUGGAAAAGAUGGGGUUCUCUCUGCAAGACCUGAAAUCUGAUAUUAUUUCAGCCCUGAACUCCAUUCACAGGGAUGCAGAAAACAUCAAGAAGAACAGCGACGGCUGUCUCUCAGUUGUUUAUGCAGAUGUGCUUACAAGAAAACUUACGCUGGAGACCAUGUUCUUGAACAAGCUUGAGACGAGUAAGCUAUCAAAUAGUGCUUUUUCACAGGAUGUCAUCAAGAAUGCAUGCAUUAGUGCUGAGCUUGCCUAUUCGCUUCAGAAUAUAACCAUGAAUUUCCAGGAAGAAUUCAGCGAGCUUCAAAAGGACCUGCUCCAGGCGAACGAGACCUUGAAACAAAGGGACAUUGCUCUGAAAGAUGCUGUAAACGCAUCAAAGCGUGCUCACAUUGAGAGCAUGACCCAAAGUAAUACUGAUCAUCUUGCUGACAUCGCCCCUCCUGAACUUGUCCCCUAUAUGGACCAGAUUGAGAUUGAGGAAGCUCAGAGUUUAGCAGAAGAGAUUGUCCGCAUACAUUUAGCAGGUGGCAUGCUAUCCCAUAGUGCAGAAUCGGAAUCGCAUUUGCAAACGAGCAGGGAAAAUCUCAUCGCCGAGCUCAAAAAGCAAUCAAAAGCCCUCCGCGGUCUCUCUCAGGAAAUUGAGAGGAUCUGUGAGGAAGGAAAAACAGAUUCACUUUCUGGACUUGCGGAUGCCAUCCGGAUGAGCUUGUGGAGCAAUGACUCCAGUGCCGUUUGCAUGCGAGAGGCUUUGAUCCAGGCGCAGGUCGCAUAUGUUGCUUGCAAAUUGCGAGCAGGUCAUAAAAGGGAACUUACUCUCUGCCAGGAGACUAGCCGCAACAUGGCAGCGCUCGUCCAGGAACAUGCUGACAGUGUUGCAGCCAUCCAAAGGCACUACCAGAGCUGCUUGGAGAAAGAACAUCUUAGCUACACUGGCACUAUCAGUUCCUUGCAGGAGGAGAAUGACAUGCUUCGAGCGGAACUAUCCUAUAAGCUCAGGGAGCUCCAGGAGCAACGGCAGAACUUAACCCAGCUGGAAGAAGCAUUUCACAUGGAGAAAGAAGAGCUCAAGAGCAGGCAUUCAGACGAGAUGGGAAGAGCCGAGCAGGAGCAGAUAACCAGAGAGCUCGAACUAAUGGAGUGUGCCGCCAAAAGCCAACGCCAACUGGAGACCCUGCUGCAAGAAAUUGAAGAUGCUGAGUUGAGGUACAAGGAGCAAGUCCGAAAACUUGAGCAGGAAUUUCAGGGUAAGCUCCAGGAACUAGAACACACCAACAGAGAACAGCUCCGCAAGCUACAGAAAUGCUACAGCCAGACCAUCUGCUCACCGGAGGAGAGAAACAAACAAGUGGAGAACAAAGAUGAGGCCGACGCAUGUCCAAUUGAGGAAGGGGAUGGAACUGAUCAGGUACCGUGCAGGGAGUCACUCCUCCGAAUCCGGGAGCUAGAAAUGCAGUUGAGCAGCAUGAGGGAGGAGCUGGAUCAGAAACCACUGGAUGGAGAUCUGACCAGCCUGAAGGAGAAAUACCAGCGAGACCUGGACAGCCUAAAGACGACAUGCGAGCGUGGAUUUGCAGCGAUGGAGGAGACGCAUCAGAAGGUGAUCGAGGACAUCCAAAGGCAACAUCAGCGAGAGAUACAGAAACUUCUGGAGGAUAAAGAAAGACUGCUGGAGGAGGAAACAAACGCCACGAUUGCUGCAAUUGAAGCCAUGAAAAACGCUCAUCGCGAGGAACUGGGGAAGACGCAUCGAUCACAGAUGAGCGGUGUGAGCGCAGACGUUCAGGAGCUGCGCAGACAGUAUGAAGAAGAGUUGCAGUCUAUCUAUCGUGAGCUGGAGGUUUUGUCUGAGCAGUAUUCUCAGAAGUGUUUAGAAAACGCACAUUUGUCUCAAGCGCUGGAAGCUGAGAGACAGGCACUGGGACAGUGCCAGCGAGAAAACCAGAAACUGCACAUACACAACCAGGAACUAAAUCACCGUCUGAAUGAAGAGAUCACCAGAAUGCACUCAUGCAUCCGUGAAGACAAAUCCGCUUCCUCUCCGACACAAGGCAAAGACAUCUAUGAGCUGGAGGUUUUGCUGCGAGUGAAGGAGUCGGAGAUCCAGUACCUCAAACAGGAAAUAAACUCUCUCAAAGACGAGCUACAGUCGGCACUGAGAGAUAAGAAGUAUGCUUCGGAUAAGUACAAGGACAUUUACACAGAGCUGAGUAUCGUCAAAGCUAAAGCGGACUGUGACAUUAACAAGCUGAGGGAGAAACUUCUAUCCGCUACAGAAGCUCUUGGGGAAUUAGACGCUGAAGGAAGUGGCGUUCCUGCUGGAUACGACAUCAUGAAGUCGAAGAGCAACCCAGAUUUCCUGAAGAUAGAAAAAUCCAGACAGAUACGUGGGGUCAGGUCAAAGGCAGAGAGGGAGGGGUUGGCGGGGGGUUGCUGACCGCUGUGACCCCAUCGUGACCCCAUCAGGUCCUACAGAGUUUGAAGGAGGGACUGACGGUUCAGGAGAGGAUGAAGCUGUUCGAAGCUAAAGACUCUAGAAAGAUCUAACACGCCUCACACUCUUUCUUUCUUCUGGUUUUGUGUGCUUGCUCUUUUAUUGACUCUAUUUAGAUCUUCUCGGUUGAUAGAUAAAGCAGGGGUUAAGAACUUUUUUGUUUUAAUAUUGUUUGUGACGUUUCAAUGUUGACACGGACCAUUUUUGCCAAUCUUCAGCUCUGACGAACCUCAUGUUUUUGGUGUUUUUCGGUCCUGAAGCUGUACCUCAUCAUCACAGUAUGAACACACUCAGACGUGUGUGUGUGUGUGUGUGUUUUCUCAUUUGAGUAUCUUCUGAAUGGCUGCUGUUGUGUCUUCAUAGGAGUGCUGGUGACAUUUUUAUGAUUAUUAAUUAUUGACACCGAGAGAUGUUAUUUUGCCAAUGAUAUUGUAAAUAAGUCGUGUACGUGAUAACACUUUUUCAGCUUUCUAGUACUGUAUCUUUGAGAUGAAAUGUGGUUUGUGUAAGCUGGGUAAUGUGACUCAUUUACUUGAGCAGAAUCUAAUUGCUGUUUUAAUCGCUUUUGUGUUGCUUCUGACGUGCAAAAUUAUAUAAAGCAACCAAACGUGAUCUCUGCUGUGGGUGUUGCAUCACAAAGCAUUUGUUUGGCUACUGAUAGUGAGCUUGUUUUGUCCUGUAUUUCCAUCUGAAAGUGGGACAUUUGAAUAAUUUUGUCGUGUUAUUUUAUACGGUUUUUGCAUGAUCAUGAAGCACGAUUUCUGUGUUCGAAACGUGGUUCAUUAUUCCUUCUGCUCUAGAAUUCAGAAAGUGUUGAACACACAACAAAGAAAACUCACUGUAUAAUAAUAUUAGUUUUUGGCUUUGUAAAUAAUUGGUUUUAUCGGUCUGCAUAGAGGAAAAAAAAAUCUUUAUAUCUAUCUAUAAGCGGUAUGUCUACACCUACUUACAUGUGUAGGAUUAUUUUUAUGUUGUUAUGCGUGAAUGUGAUAUAUUUGUAAUAAUAAAAAAUGUUUUUGAAGCAAAAA